AUCUGGGAAUAACAUUUCCAGUAUAGAAUCCGGAGCGUUCGUAAAUCUACCUUCUUUGAUAGUUGUGGUAUUAAGGAAUAAUCCGCUGAUAUGUUGUACCAUGAUAGAUUUUAUUGAAUGGGCACGAAAUCAAACCAGGGCAAACGUUAUUGGAAUAUGCCAUGAUUUCAACACAACUACUAAUAUCAACAGCUUUAAUUUAACAAGAUGUUCAGUUGACGGGCAAUGGGGCUCCUGGUCGUCUUCACCAUGCUCUGUCUCAUGCGGCGAGGGUAUUGGUAAUAGACAAAGAAUCUGUGACAGCCCAAAGCCCUCUGUCAAUGGAAAAGAUUGUGUUGGACCUAGUAUGGAAACAAUGAUCUGUAACUUAGGAGAAUGUCCAGUUGACGGGCAAUGGAGCUCCUGGUCGACUACACUAUGUUCUGUGUCAUGCGGGGAUGGUAUUGGUAAUAGACAAAGAAACUGUGACAGCCCAAAGCCUUCUGUCAAUGGAAAGGAUUGUGUUGGACCUAGUAUGGAAACAAUGAUCUGUAACUUAGGAGAAUGUUCAGUUGACGGUCAAUGGAGCUCCUGGUCGACAUCACCAUGCUCUGUCUCAUGCGGGGAUGGUAUUGGUAAUAGACAAAGAAUCUGUGACAGCCCAAAGCCUUCUGUCAAUGGAAAAGACUGUGUUGGACCUAGUAUGGAAACAAUGACCUGUAACUUAGGAGAAUGCCUAGAAUCAUGCAAAGAAUCAGACAAAAAAUCAGCAGAAAAGGAAGCAAUAUCAAUAGAACCAACAAUAAGCAAAUGCCAUAAUACACAGCAAGCUAUAUAA